AGAGGCCGCAGCCGGCUCGCCUGGACCAGAGAGUGGAGAAAGCCUGCCCACGUGGCUGGCGGGAGCCUCCCGGCCUGGGAUUGGUCGAAAAGGAGGGGCGUGGGACGGGCGUGGGGGCAAUUCCCCAGCCCAGGUCCUCCUCUCACCCCGCCGGGUUUUCAAGGCGGGCUGUAACUGGUGGCAUUUGUCCCGGGACCAGGCAGGUUCUAAGUUUGACUUAAAAGAGGUGACAUCCUUGAUGCCAAGAGACCCAAGAAGAAGUUGGAAUGCAUUUCAGAUCCUAAGAUUCCGCUUCUUUGAAAGAUUCUCUCCUGUUGGUCUCUCCUCUGAGUGCACGUGGGUUCAUUUGAGCACUACGUCUUCUUUUCUGGAUUACUGGGGUUCCCGUCCAGCAGGUCUCCCUGCAUCCCAUGAGGGCCGGCCACAUCCUGUUUAUUCUCAUGACUACCCAGUUUGUUCUUGGUCCACAGUUUUAUAUGUGAGCAAGAUGGAGGCUGACCCAUCUGGCUUUAACAUCGAUGCCCCCCGUUGGGACCAGCGCACCUUCCUGGGGAGAGUGAAGCACUUCCUAAACAUCACGGACCCCCGCACUGUCUUUGUAUCUGAGCGAGAGCUGGACUGGGCCAAGGUGAUGGUGGAGAAGAGCAGGAUGGGGGUUGUGCCCCCAGGCACCCAAGUGGAGCAGCUGCUGUAUGCCAAGAAGCUAUAUGACUCGGCCUUCCACCCCGACACUGGGGAGAAGAUGAAUGUCAUCGGGCGCAUGUCUUUCCAGCUCCCUGGCGGCAUGAUCCUCACGGGCUUCAUGCUCCAGUUCUACAGGACUAUGCCGGCGGUGAUCUUCUGGCAGUGGGUGAACCAGUCCUUUAAUGCCUUAGUCAACUACACCAACAGGAAUGCGGCUUCCCCCACAUCAGUCAGGCAGAUGGCCCUUUCCUACUUCACAGCCACAACCACGGCUGUGGCCACAGCUGUGGGCAUGAACAUGUUGACAAAGAAAGCGCCACCCUUGGUGGGCCGCUGGGUUCCCUUUGCUGCUGUGGCUGCGGCUAACUGUGUCAAUAUCCCCAUGAUGCGACAGCAGGAGCUCAUCCAGGGAAUCUGCGUGAAGGACAGGAAUGAAAAUGAGAUUGGUCAUUCCCGGAGAGCUGCGGCCAUAGGCAUCACCCAAGUAGUUAUUUCUCGGAUCACCAUGUCAGCUCCUGGGAUGAUCUUGCUGCCAGUCAUCAUGGAAAGGCUUGAGAAACUGCACUUCAUGCAGAAAGUCAAGGUCCUGCACGCCCCAUUGCAGGUCAUGCUGAGCGGGUGCUUCCUCAUCUUCAUGGUGCCAGUGGCGUGUGGGCUCUUCCCACAGAAAUGUGAAUUGUCAGUUUCCUAUCUGGAACGGAAGCUCCAAGACACCAUCAAGGCCAAGUAUGGAGAACUUGAGCCUUAUGUCUACUUCAAUAAGGGUCUCUAAAUGCCUCACUUCAGCAAGGACCAGUCUAUUCCCAUAUUCACCAGCUCCUCCUUAGCUACGUGCACACUUGUGUCCUCCUUCCUCUUUGCCAACAAGACCUGAAGGCCAGGGUAGAUUGGGGGGUGGGACAAUAAAUGCCUCAUGCUUACA